AUGAAUUCCUAUGAGAGAUUUUUCUCUCGAGCGGCUUUGGCCAGAAAGCCCUCCCCGAUUCGAGUUUUGACAAAGAUUCAGAUGGCAUCUGGUCCAGAAAUGAUCUCACUCGCCGGAGGAAUGCCCAACGGUGCCAUGUUUCCAAUCAGUGGCUUGACGAUGCAAGUUGACGGCUGCGAAAUUCAACUGUCGCAAGCUCAAUUAGCUACGGCAUUGCAGUAUUCAAGGGUUGAUGGGACUAAAUUUUGUGCGUCUGACGGCAUUAUUAAUACCAGUCUCGGGCUCCCAAGCUUUCUACAUCACCUCAACUCCAUCAGAACUCAAUACCACGGCCAAAGCUCGUUUAGUGAAAACAUCGACACUUGCGUAUCGACAGGGUCCCAAAAUGGCCUUGAAAUGCUUCUUGGAUCACUGCUAAAUGAAGGCGAUGGAAUUUUAACAGACGAUCCGAUGUAUCCGGGUACCAAAGCUAUUCUUAGGCCUCUCGGAGCAUCAAUUAUUCCAAUCAAAACAGAUGGAGAUGGCAUGGAUACUAACGAUCUGGAAGCGCAAAUCAACAGAUACAAAGAUUCGCACAAGCUAAAAGUGAUCAUGACCGUGGCAAAUGGGGGCAACCCAACCGGCUCGACCUUGAGUCUGGAAAGACGCCAUCGGCUGCUCCAAUUGGCUCACGAGAAUGAUCUCCUCGUCGUCGAAGAUGAUCCUUAUUACUUUCUCCAGUUUGACGGUGAACAACUCCCGAGCCUGUUUGAACUCGACUGGAACUCGUCAAACAGCUUCAAACGCGUCAUUCGCUCGGACUCGUUUUCGAAGAUCAUCUCCGCAGGCAUCAGAAUCGGAUGGAUCACCGGGCCUAAAGAAGUUAUCGGAAAGCUGGAAUUAGCCACACAAUGCAGCACAUUACAUUGCCCUUCCAUAACGCAAGUCAUCUGUGCUGAGCUUUUUAACAAAUGGGGAAUGGAAGGCUUCGCUGAACAUAUUGCUAAAGUCAAGGAUUUCUAUCGAAAUAGACGAAACUUUCUCGUCGCAGCGGCUGAGAAACAUCUUGGGGAUCUUGCAGAGUGGGAUGUGCCCAAAGGGGGGCUCUUUUUAUGGAUCAAAUUAAAGGGUAUCGAUGAUACUUCGGCUCUUAUUGAGCAAAAAGCUCGAAAAGCGAAUGUCCUCCUUUGCCCUGGAUCAUAUUUUGCCGUGGAUGAAAACGCUCCAAAUUCGUACUGCCGAGUUGCCUUUUCCGUUGCUUCGGAAGAACAGAUGGACGAAGCGAUGCGAAGACUCGCGGAACUGAUCAAAACUGAGCUUGAGAACUAA